AUGACGACUAUCUUCGAUGGCUAUGACGAAGAGUACCGCACUUUAACGACCGACAUCUCCACGAAGCUGCGCGAGAUCGCAUCAUAUGACGAGCAGAGAGACAAGAAGAAGUCGAGUAUCGUGCACGUGGGCGACCUGUUAACCCAAGCCACGCAGCUGAUUCAGCAGAUGGAGCUGGAGGUGAGGAGUCUGGACACCGCGACCCGUCGGGACCUAUCGAAGAAGGUGGACCAGUACAAGAAAAGCCUGGCAUCGUUAUCGGCCCAGCACAAUAAAAUUCGCGAAAAUGAAGAACGUGACGGGCUGUUUGGUGAUCGGGACUGCGAGGCGACUUCCGAUGACCACCGUAGUCGACUUUCUGCUGCCACGAACAAAAUGAAGGGCACGACAGACAAGCUGACAGCCGCACGGAAAGAGAUAGCGGACACGGAGGAAGUUGCGCUUGCCAUUAGCGAUGAUCUUGGCCGAAACCGCGAGAAGAUCGAAGCUACACACGCAAAAGUGAAAGGAGUGAAUGAGAUGGCUCGUCGCGGAGGAAAUAUCGUGAGUCGAAUGGCUGCUCGUAACAAACGCCAGAGGAUGGCUUUGUCGAUCGCAGCCAGUUUCAUCAUUAUCGCCAUCGUGCUGCUGAUUUACUUUGGUAUAUUCAACAAAACGUAA